AUGCUGGUCAAUUUGUCCAGCGACGAGGAAGUGCUGAAGGUUCUCGCCGAGGAUGACCAAUUCAUUGAGACCCUGCUCUUGAAGUUGACCAGUGUCAAGGAUCCCAACGUCGACGAAGUCGCCAUGCUGUUGGCCAAUCUGGUCAAGUCCGACGUCCUACAAAAACUGUUCGAGCUCAAGCGCAAGGUCCCCGAGGCUGUAUCGACCUCAGAGAACGCCAUUGACCAGAUCAUGGACUGCUUCGUCAAGGGCGCUGAAGGUGGUCUCAACAAGCACGCCAACUACGAUUACCUGUCAUACGUUUUCGCCGAUCUAUCGCAGACCGAGAAGGGUCGGAAGUAUUUCACCGAGCGCCAGGAGUACGACGGCGUCGUGCCCAUCACCAAGCUCACCGUCUUCACCGAGCACAAGAGCAACAUCCGCCGCAAGGGUGUAGCAUCCACAAUCAAGAACGUGGCUUUCGACAUCGCCUCGCACCCCAUGCUCUUCGACGAGGACGCUGUGAACCUCCUGCCUUACCUGCUUCUCCCCCUUGCCGGACCUGAAGAAUUCUCCGACGAGGACAGCAUGGACAUGCUCCCCGAUCUCCAGCUACUGCCCCCUGACAAACAGCGGGACAGCGACAACACCAUCGUCGCGACCCACCUGGAAACAUUGCUCCUCAUGACUACCACUCGGGAAGGCCGAGAGAAGAUGCGUGCGGUCAAGGUCUACCCUCUGAUCCGUGAGACACAUUUGCAUGCUGGCGACGAGAAUGUGGAAGAGGCUUGCGAUCGAUUGGUGCAGGUCCUCAUGCGUGACGAGGAGGGUGAGGGCCAAGAGCCCGAGCAGGCUCAAUUGGAGCCUGCCCAAAACGAGGACGAUCAGGUAGUAGAACUUGACUGUGACUCGGACAUCGAUCUACCGCCCGACGUGAACCCAGACACAGGCACAGGCACAGACCCAGGCUCAGGCUCGGAGACAAUUGCCCAGCGCGUGCGGGCCUUUAUGUCUCGCGCCCCUCUUCUUUCGUCGCCCGCGCUGGGUGCCGCGACGUACGGAGCCGUGCGCAUUCCAGAUGGAGACGAAGAUGGGUCCGACGAGGUAGAGACUGGGGCUGAGACUGCGACCGGGACGACCAGGUCGUCCGGCUCUCGGCGUAAAGGUCGGUUGCAGCGUGCUAGCUUUGAAAAUGGGGCGAGCUCAAGUGCUGCGCCGCGACGGUCUCAUUCCUUUGUUAGACGACGAAAUAGCAUGUAUGCCGAGAGACGCAAUCGAAGGCCGUCUUCUGCUGCGUCUGAUGUAGGCAUGGGUGCUGAUUCUAAGUUCUCCUUUGCAACGGGUCUGGCUGUACCGGGUAACCCGGUCAUGCAGGAGACGCCCGCUUCGUCACUUUAUAUGACUAGUGAUGAAGAAGAUGUCUCAGAUAUUGAUGAUGAUGAUUCAAAGUCCUCUGAGGAGGAUCCGCCGGAUAAUUCGCCGUAUGCUCAAGUACGAGCUUCGGUGCCGGCCACUGACGAUGUGACUCUUUCUAUUAACAGUUCUGCUGCCAAUCUUUUCUUUUCACUGCGCUAUCCCAGCGUGGCCAUCACCCCAAUUAUUGCUCUCGUUUUGGUUCAUCCACUCGGCAAGUUUUGGGACGUGCUUUGUAAACAUACAGGUGAUCCUGUCGAAGUAUUCGAGAACGGAACCCUUCAUCAUCGAGAAUCACUCAACGGCGACAUUGAUCCACUUCCUACUUCAUUAGGGACUCGAAUUAGACUCUGGUUUGGCCAGGGCCGUUGGAACGAGAAAGAACAUGCUUGCGUCUACAUCAGCAGUAAUGUUUCUUUUGGAUUUGCUUUCGCCACUGAUGUUCUUGUUGAGCAACACAAAUUUUACAACCAAGAGGUUCCAAUCAUGUACCAACUCUUGCUCAUUAUCUCAACCCAAGUCUUGGGUUAUGCAUUCGCCGGACUGACCCGACGAUUCUUGGUCCGGCCUUCAGCCAUGAUCUGGCCGGGGACGCUGAUGUCUACAGCUAUGUUUUCUACCAUGCACAAGUCUGUCAACAAAAAGGCCAAUGGCUGGAGUAUCUCUCGAUACAAGUUCUUCAUCAUUGUUUGGGCCGGAGCAUUUCUAUGGUACUUUGUUCCAGGGCUGUUGAUGCCUGCUCUCAGUUACUUCAAUGUGAUCACCUGGCUGGCGCCUAAAAAUGUUGUGGUUUCCAACUUGUUUGGUGUUGCUUCAGGCCUUGGGAUGUUUCCUUUGACUUUUGAUUGGGCUCAGAUUGCCUACAUUGGCUCUCCAUUACUAACGCCUUGGUGGGCCGCUGCCAAUAUUGUGACAGGCCUAGUGAUCGUCAUUUGGGCACUUGCUCCAAUCCUUUAUUACAAAAACGUUCUUUUCUCCUCAUACAUGCCUAUACUUUCAACGGCCGUCUUUGAUAAUACUGGAAAACCUUACAACGUCAGUCGAAUCCUGACCGGGGAGUUCUUGUUUGACGAACAAGCCUACAAAGACUACUCUCCAGUAUACCUCCCAAUUACCUACGUGUUGUCAUAUGGAGUACAGUUCGCUGCUUUGACGUCUCUUGUCACCCACACUAUUUGCUGGUAUGGAAAAGACAUCUGGCAACAGACCAGAAAGGCUUUUGAUGAGAGACAAGAUGUCCCAGCAAUGGAGACAUAUCAGCCACUUCGAGGCGAUAACAAUGGCAGCCAGCAAAGUUUUAAUAUUUCAAGGAGUGGCUCAGACCCUCGUCUGGAAAGCCAACUUGGAAUGGAAGAUGUCCACUGCCGCUUGAUGAGACGCUACAAAGAUGCUCCUCUCACGUGGUACAUACUUGUGUUCAUUUCCAUGUUGGCUAUCGCAACUUUUACAGUGGAAUACUAUCCCACCCAUCUUCCCUGGUACGGACUACUUCUAGCCCUGGCCAUUACCAGUAUCUUCUUCAUUCCAGUGGGCAUCAUUAUGGCAGUCACAAAUCAACACAGCAGCCUCUACCUAAUUUGCCAACUCAUCUGUGGCAUAGUCUUUCCAGGAAGACCAGUGGCGAACAUGAUUUUCGUGACAUAUUCAUACAUCAGCUCUGCGCAAGGCAUCAAGUUCUCCUCUGACCUAAAACUCGGCCACUACAUGAAAAUCCCACCCCGAAUCCUGUUCGGCGUGCAAAUGAUGGCAACGCUAGUCUCAAGUCUAACCCAGAUAGGGGUACUAAAUUGGAUGUUCACUUUCAUCCCGAAAUUGUGCACGCCCGAAGCCAUCAACGGCUUUAACUGCCCCAUCGCCCGAGUCCAUUUCAACGGCAGCAUUCUCUGGGGAGUCGUUGGGCCCCAGCGCUUCUUCGGUCCAGGAGGUCUCUACAGACCACUUGUAUGGGCCUUCUUGAUAGGUGCUGUGGCACCGCUGGGAACUUGGCUUCUAGGCCGACACAGCAAGAAAAGUUUCUGGCGGAAGGUCAACUUCCCUAUUCUAUUCGGCAGUCUAAGUUGGAUUCCACCUGCCACCGGACUCAACUUCUCCAUCUGGGCUCUUGUCUGUUUCAUAUUUAAUUAUGUGAUUCGGAGACGGAGGACUGCUUGGUGGGAGAAAUAUGCCAUGACUUUGUCAGCUGCCUUGGAUUCGGGGCUGGCGUUUGCUGUUGUGGUUGUAUUCUUCGCGUUCAUUUAUCCUGGCUGGGUUGAUGGAUUCAAGUGGUGGGGAACGGAGAUUUACAAACAGGGUUGUGACUGGAUUGCUUGUCCGUAUAAACAAUUAGAACCUGGUCAAAAGUUUGGUCAGUAG